CACAUCAGCAACUUCCAAGACGCCUGACGCAAGUCAAAAGGAGGACAGGUGCUUCUGAAGAGCCGAACUCUGAGACUGAAAAGCACAAGUCAGAUGUUAGACACUUCAGUGUUUCCAAAGCACACAUGAAAGCACGCUGAGGCUGUUCACCCAUGGGAGACCGUUACACGCGAAGAUCAAAACAGCAUUUGGCACGGGCAGAUGGAUGAUGCUGCUGAUCCCUCGCUCCGGAGGCGUGGAGUGACAGAUGACAGAGGUUUUGGUACAGCAGGAGGGAGAGCCAAAGAGAGAGGCGACGACGGAGAGACUCGCCACUGCUGAUAACCGAGAGAACAGAAAAGGUCAAGCACAUCGAUUGGGAGGUGAGGUAGAAUUCGCCCUCACCAUCAUCUCGGAUAAACACCUCAGAUAUGUCCGUUCACAACAGCAAGGUUCAAAGCUGAAUGCAGAUACUGAAACCGACUGACACCCUGUGGCAAACGGACUACAGCGAUUGGGUGGACAGAGGACGAUGGUGGCCCGGAGCCAUGGAUAUGAGUCAUCCAAUUUCCAGCUCUAAAUUAAAAACUCUUAAAGUCUCACUUCCACUUGGAUGUAGAUGUGGCUGAACACCAAAAAGCAACUCGGGACAGUUUUGCUCAGCAUAUACCUUGAGAACUCCCUGGCAAUGAUUUGUUGGCCAGUAAUGGGAGAUACAAGCCUAACAGAACAAUUUGAGGCUGUUUGGAGCUAGCAAGAUUUGUUAAAACACAAUAAUAAAACCAAGAGCCCUUGUAGCUGCUUCUUCCCUAUCCCCCUGCCCCAGCUUCCCUGUCAUUCACAAUCCCCCAGAUUUCUCCCUUUCCUGCUUUCUUCCCAUCCCAUCUGAUCAACUCUUAGGUGAUAUCCUUCAGAGAAGUGUCCCUUAAUUUUGAGUGCAGCUUCUUCUUCUGUAUGCUUGGACAAGCAGAUUGUCCAAUCUCCAGUAAUCUCUCUUUGAAAUGGGUGGCCCAGCAAGGGCUCUUCUUGGCGGGUUCGGGACAACCACAUCCUCCUUGGAGGUCGGGAGUCGAAUGGCUUGGCCGAGCAACAACCCCUUAGAUCUCAAUCAAACCCUCCCAUGGGGGAUAGGACUUGGAAGCAGCAGCGGAGGUGGUGGUGCUUCCGGCAUGAGUUUAGGUCUGGAUAAUUUAACAACCCAGGAGUCUGUGAGCAGGGCGGUUAUCAAAGAGAAGAACUGGCCAGCACUGCUCAUACUCGUCAUCAUUGCGCUGACGAUCGGCGGAAACAUUCUGGUCAUCCUCGCGGUGUCGCUGGAAAAGAAGCUCCAGAAUGCCACCAACUUCUUUCUGAGGUCACUGGCUGUAGCGGACAUGCUCGUAGGGAUCCUGGUUAUGCCAAUCUCUCUUAUCAACAUCCUCUAUGACUACGCCUGGCCCCUCCCCAGUGCUCUGUGUCCGAUCUGGAUCUACCUGGACGUGCUGUUCUCCACUGCCUCCAUCAUGCACCUCUGCGCCAUCUCCCUCGACCGAUACGUCGCCAUCCGCAACCCUAUAGAGCAUAGCCGCUUCAACUCUAGAACCAAAGCCAUGAUGAAGAUCGCUGCAGUGUGGACCAUAUCUAUAGGCGUGUCAAUGCCCAUUCCAGUGAUUGGCCUGCACAACAAGGACAAGGUCUUCGUCAACGGCAGCUGUGUCCUCAACGAGGAGCGCUUCGUGCUGAUUGGCUCCUUUGUGGCCUUUUUCAUCCCGCUCGUAAUCAUGGUGGUGACAUACUGCCUCACCAUACAGGUGCUUCAGAGGCAGGCCACAGUCUUCCUGUAUGAGGCAAAGACUUCUUCCCAGCAGCCUUUGCACACACCAGCAAUGGGAAAUACAUUGCAGCCUCCACCCAGCACCUUCCACCUUCCUCAGAUCAAUACACUUGCUCCUCCAGACUCACAAGAGUUGAAGGUCCCGCCUCCUCAAAGCAGACGAAACACCUUGAGCUGCCUGAAGGGCACAGAGCCCAGCAUUCUGCUCAGCGCCUCCACCUCAGAUAGCAUCAGCAUCAUUCCCAGCUCUGAGGUGGCGUCCCAGCUCAGCUCGCCGGCAGCUGGACCGGGCCGGAGCGACGCGUCAAGUCACGGUCGCCGGGGGAUGAUGCAGGCCAUAAAAAAUGAGAGACGGGCCUCAAAGGUUCUAGGAAUCGUCUUUUUCCUCUUCCUCAUCAUGUGGUGUCCCUUCUUUAUCACCAACGUCACCUUCGUCUUGUGCAGCAACUCCUGCAACGAGUCACUGCUCCACGACCUCCUCAACGUCUUCGUCUGGGUGGGUUACAUCUCCUCUGGAGUCAACCCUCUGGUCUACACCCUCUUCAAUAAGACCUACAGGAGAGCGUUCUCCAGCUACAUCAGGUGCCAGUACAAAGUCGGGGCCAACGCAGCCAGCCAGGGUUGCAAAACCCUCCUCGUCCCGCCGCCAUGCCCUUCACACGCCGUGACUCCUCUUCUUAUGGGCGAUCACGGGAAGUCAGGUGUGGACCGCAACAGUAACUGUCGCAAUGGCGGUAGGGGGGAUAACGGGAGGCUCGCAGUGGACCCGGAGGACACGACGGACGAUGGGACGCAAUUCGGAAUAACCUCGCAGAGCAUUUCGGAGUGCCAGAACAUUUGCAUGCUUUCAGAAACAGAGCCGGAAACGGAGCUGGAGCCGGAGCUGGAGCCGGAGCUGGAGCCGGAGCUGUCACUCAUCAGCUACAGCCCUGCCCCGAGAGAACACACAAGCAGCGUGUGACUGUGUGCAUCCGGUCAGUUUUAGUCUUCUGCAACCUGCAGAUGCUGUUCCAAGCAGGGCUGGUGCUUGGACACGACAGCUUUUCUACUGGUUUCAACUGUAGUGAGGACUCUUACUGGGAAAAGGACUAGUCUCUGCUGACAAGCCUUUUUCUCCGUACUAUGUCCAUCAAUGUGGAAAGAAACCGGAAGAGUUAAUAUUUCGGGUUGGAAAGGUAGAAUGAAAACCAAUAUUUCCAGUGUGCUUGUUUUGUAAAUGUUGGCUUUCAUAACAUUAAUAGAAAACAAAGGCAUCCACCAGGCCUUUACCUGUACAUCUAAGCACUCAUCAGUGGCAAGAUGUGGGGGCUCCUCAUGGCAUUGACAAUACCAGCUGAGAUCCACUGAAAGGGAUGAAGUGAAGAGGUCGGUGGAGAGCCAGCUCUCGUCAACCUAGCAUUAAGUCAAGUGGCCCUUCACGGAGUCCCACAGACGCAGGUUACAGAGUCAAGCACCAACCGGGAGGCCACUGGGGUCAAUCUACGCCUUCAAGCCUUCACACAGAGUCAAAAUGCAGUCCGAGCUCGGGUCCACGUGGAUUCCCUCCACACCAAGCAAACUAAACCAAAUAUAUUUUUGUGCCGGUCGAGCUUGACAACAACAGCAGUCCUGAGAGCCAUCUGAAUGAACCUCUCCAGCAUGUUUAAUGAAACUAUUCAGCCGACAGGAGGGGGAUGUUUCUCUGAAGGAAACUGCAGUUGAAGCGUGUCUGAGGGGACCAACAUAAAGGAAUGUACUACCGCUGGUCUCUGGUGGACUCACAGUGCCAUCUAGUGGUCACAUGACUCAGAGAGGUCGCCUCUUACCCUCCCCCUUUCUCCUUUAUUGGACUGAACAAGGGGGAUACAAGAGCUAAGAAACAAGGUGCAGGCCUUUGGCUUAACACAGCUGACAGGCUCUGGCUUCUGUUGACCAACAGAAACACUUUGCAAAAUGCUAAAUUCACUACUUCCACAGGUUUUUAACUCAAAGCAACCAAUGAAAUCUUAAAUAAAAGUAAAACAGUCUAAAA